GGUGAGCAUUCCUCCACGGCACACCAAAUCCACGCUACAACCAUUUGAAACCUCUCUUCUUUUUCAUCAUCUUUCCCCCUUAUCUCUCUUUUCUUCUUCUAAACUUCUUCUUCUAAACUUCCUCUCCAUUCCAAUGGCUUCCCUUUCUCUUCCUAAACACUCUCUUCCUUUUGCUCUUCCAUCCCAAACUCCAAAAGCCCAUUCUACACAUAACCUUUCUAUCACCUCCAAAUCAUCACAAUCCCAAUUUUGUGGUCUUAAGCUAUCAAACCCAUCUUCUCUUUCUUUUCCUUUUACUUCUCGUUCUUUCAAGCCCUUCAUUGUUGCUAAGGUAACUGAAGGUAGUUUGGCACCUGCAUUCACUCUGAAAGAUCAAGAUGGAAAAACUGUGAGCUUGUCCAAAUUUAAAGGAAAGCCUGUUGUUGUUUACUUCUAUCCUGCUGAUGAAACCCCUGGUUGCACCAAACAGGCUUGUGCUUUCAGAGACUCAUAUGAAAAGUUUAAGAAGGCAGGAGCAGAAGUUAUUGGUAUUAGUGGUGAUGAUGUAUCUUCUCACAAGUCAUUCAAACAGAAGUACAAACUCCCGUUCACUUUGCUAAGUGACGAGGGUAACAAGGUGAGGAAAGACUGGGGAGUGCCAUCCGAUCUCUUUGGAGCGCUUCCUGGGAGACAAACCUACGUUCUUGACAGGAAUGGAGUUGUCCGGCUAGUUUACAAUAACCAGUUCCAGCCCGAAAAACAUAUUGAUGAAACCCUUAAGUUUCUACAAAGUCUUUGAGCAAUUUUUGUAUACACUACUGCAAAUUCUGUGAAUCCUUCCCUCCUCUUGGUUCGAUCUGAGUAUUACCCGUACAAUGCACGUCUUAGAUCUUUCUUUUCACCGAUUGUGAUUUACUCCUGUAUUAUGAUCUAAUUCUAUACAAUCAAAUGCAAUAGUAUUCGAGAAUAUUGAAUUCGGAA